AUGCGCUGGCGAAAAGUUUUUGAAACAAAUGAAUAUGGAAAAAUUGAUCGAAUUAUAUGGUAUGAUCAAGAAAGUGUUAUUAUUUCUGGACAAGGAAGACGUGCACGUUCAUUAAGAUAUGCUGAUGGUUUAGAAGUAUGGCAACUAGCAGCAACAACAACAAAUACCAAUUCAAAUCAAGAUACUGUUGCAAAACAUUGUCAAGUAAUUAAAAACCGAUAUGAUCCAGGUACAAUUCAUAUUCUAAGUGAUGAUCUACUCUGGAGUGUUUCAUCUUAUGGUGAAAUGCUUUGGUCAAUCGAAAUUCCAAUAAAAUCAACUUUAAAAAAUCUUUUUCUUCUAUCUACAUCGCAAUAUGUUAUUGUUGGAAGUCUUGAUUCAAAUUCAAAUCAACUUCAAGUAACUUAUUAUUCAAAACAAGAUGGUCAACAAGCAUUUUCUUCAUCAUUACCAUGGUCAUUUAAUGCUAAAGAUAGUCUAAAUAAAUGCUCAACAAUGAAUAAUCUUAUUUUAUGCUCAAAUAACGAAGAACUUUCAAUAAUUACUAUUCCAACAACAACUGAUGAUACAAAUGUAAAAACUCGUCACAUAAAAGCUUCUAGCAAAAUCGAACAAAUACGUAUUUUAUAUGAAAGUACUACACGUAGUGUUAUAUUAAUAAAAUCUGAUAAUGGUGAAACAAAAAUUUAUCAAUUUAAUAAAAAAGAAUCAACAUCAGAAUGGGAUUUUAAUGAAUUAAAUAUUCAAAUGAAAUCAAAUAGUUUUAUUAGUAUUGCAACAGAUAAAAAUCUUGCUGGACAACAAAUUCUUGAAGCAUCAGCAAAUGAUCAGAAACUUAAUUUUCAUGUUUCAACUAUUAAUGAACAAACUUUAACAAAUACACGUUCAUAUUCAGUUGAACUUCCAGAAAAUAUGGGUGAAAUUGAAUAUCUUGCAUAUUCAGUUGUUAAAAAUACUCAAUUAGUUACACUUCGUAUGCAAGAUGGUUCUUUACUUGUUAUUAAAUUAGCUGAUAAUGGAGCUGAACUUAUUUUACAUCGUGAUGAAGCAUUAUCUUCUAUUAUAUCUGUUGAAACAUUUGAUUUAUCAUUAUCAAUUACACAAAUGCGUAUUGAAGAAGAAUUCGGUGGUACAGGAAUGUUUAGUAUGUUUACAAAACGAAUUUCAUCUCAAGUAUCACAAUUAAUUAGUUUUUUUUUACGUUUAUUGGAUUUAUUUACACAUGGAAAUCGAAAUCGUGAUUAUUUAGAUAAACAAGCAGCACUUGUUCGUGAUGAAUUUAAUUUAAAUAAAAUUCUUAUUGUUGUUACUUCUGUAGGAAAGGUUUUUGGUAUUUUAACACAAAGUGGCGGAAUUUUAUGGAAGAAUUUUUUUCCGAAUUUUGCUCCAUUCGAACAUUUUAAUGCAGUGCAUGUGCCUUUAUUUCAUAUUCGUUCAGCAGCUCAUUAUACACAUGAACCAUUAGCAUCAAUUGUUUAUCGUGACCGCAAUUCUUUACACGACACUCAUAUCCGAACAUUUAAUCCCUACACAGGAGAUUUAGAAAAUAAUUUAACUACAUCAUCAUUACCAUAUCACGUAAAACGUGUUUUUCUUUCAACACAAGCUGUUGAUGAAUUCUGUAAAGUAUUAUUAUUCGUCGAUACAAAUAAUAAAAUUCAUACAUAUCCAUCAGUACCACUUUCACGAGCAUUAAGUACAACAAUUCCAACUUAUAUUUAUCUUUUUGAUAAAAGUGAACAAGCAUUUGUUGGUUAUUAUUUAUCUAUAGAUGAAAAUGAUCAAAAAACUUCAACAAAUUUAAAAGAAGUCUGGCGUGUUUCAUUUCAAAAUGAAGAAGUUAUUAAUAUUCAUACACGACUAAGUUCAGAUCGUGUUCAUUCAGCUGGUAUUGUUCUUGGUGAUCGUAGUGUUCUUUAUAAAUAUACAAAUCCAAAUCUCAUUGCUGUUGUUACUGAAGGAAUUGAUUAUCAAAAAGUUCCAUUUGUAAAUAUAUAUUUAUUGGAUACUGUAACUGGUUCAGUAAAACUUUCUCAUACACAUAAACGUGUGAAAUCACCAGUACAUAUUGUUCUUUCUGAAAAUUGGAUUGUUUAUACAUAUUAUAAUCAACGUUAUCGUCGAUAUGAAGCUGUUAGUUCUUCAUUAUUCGAAGGCGAAGCACAAUAUAAUUAUUCAACAUUUUCAUCAUUUGAUCCAAUCGAACCUGUUAUACAAUCUAAAGCAUAUAUAUUACCAUAUGGUGUUAAUGCUAUUCAAGUAACAACAACUGAGAAAGGAAUAACAUCACGAGAUAUAAUUAUGGCAACACCCAAUGGAAUGUUAAUUGAAAUUCCUUGGAUAUUAUUUGAUCCACGACGACCACUUGACUUAACUCCUAUGGAUAGAGAAGAAGGUUUAAUUAUGUAUACACCAGAAAUUAUGGUUAAUUUCGAAAGUGUUAUUAAUUAUUAUAAAUAUGUUUAUAAUAUUCGUGGUAUACACACAGUUGCGACUGGUCUUGAAUCGACAUCUAUUGUAUUUGCAUAUGGACUUGAUCUUUUUUUUACACGUGUUUUUCCAUCUCGUAUAUUUGAUCAAUUAAAAGAUGAUUUUGAUUUUAUGAUUAUUGGUUGGUCAACAGUUGCAUUCGUUGUUGGUUCUUUUGUUGCCAAACGUUUUGCUUCUAUUCAUCAAACAAAAAAAGCUUGGAAAUAA